AUGGACCGCAAGGAUGACCUGAGGGUUCUUAACUGGCUCACAAAGGUUGGUUAUGGCCUAGAACAUAAGGCAACCUGGAACCGGCCAGUGGCUCUUGAGAUCAGUGGAGUACCAAAGAUUGGUCGACUCAAAGGGGCGACGACGUUGUUCUGUCCAGGGGACCCUGGCGUUGGUAAAACCAUUCUAACGGCAACGAUCAUUGAUGAUCUGAUCACACGAUUUCCGCAUGUCCAAUCGACAAGGAUUGUGUAUAUAUACUGCAACUUCAACCGAGAACAUGAACGGAGGCUGGAAUACUUGAUCGCAGCGCUAAUCAAACAGCUGAGUCAGGCACGGCCAUCCCUACCAGAGAGCUUGACGGCUCUUUACAACAAGCAUCAGAUUCGACGAACUAGACCAUCAGCAGAAGAACUCUCAAGGGUCCUCCUAUCAGUCGCAUCAUUAUACACUCGAAUAUUUGUCGUUAUUGACGCGUUGGAUGAGUGCCAAAGGGCUAGCGGGUGUCGAUCAAGAUUUCUGUCCCAAAUCUUCGCUCUUCAGGAUGCAUUUUCAAUAAAUGUCUUUGCCACGUCGGGACCAAUCUCGGAAAUUGAGGAAACUUUUGAGCACUGUCUUUGGAAGCGUAUAAUAGCUCCCGAAGAGGAUAUUCGCAGCUUCCUUCAUAGCGAGAUGCAUAUGCCUCAGAUGCCAAAGCUGAUCUAA